AUGCCCUCCGCCCUGACCGUGACGUUCGUGCAAUCGACCGUCCUCAAUGCCAUCUCAAACCUCCUGGCCCAGCUGAUCGACCAGCGCAAGAACCCUACUCCUUUCACACUCAACACGCUCGCGCUGCUCCAAUUCGUCACGUAUGGCAUCCUCAUCGUGCCCGUCAAUUUCUACUGGCAACGCGCCCUAGAGGCGCGUUAUCCAGGCUUUCCCUCACGGGCCGAGAUCUCGAAUCUCUUCCGCUCCUGGCGGUCCCUCUUCUCACUCUCUGCGAUCUGGUCUUUCCUCUCCUCAGCCUUUUCAUCCGAGGGUGCGCCCCCGGCGAGCGAGGAUGCGCUGCCCGGCCCUCGCGAAAAGGAGAAGGAAAGAGAGGGCCGCUGGAUGCCGCGGGCGCAACGCUCGGGGCUGCAUAGCUUCGUGAUGAAGUUUAUGUUUGACCUGACGGUGGCUGGGGCGAUGAAUAUCGUGCUUUUUGUGGUUCUGAUUAACCUUUUGAAAGGGCAGAGUUUGGGCAAGGUCUGGGAGUUGGUGCUUGUGGACUUCCGGCCCAUCAUGCUUGCCCGCCUCAAAUAUCGGCCCGUGGUCUCUACCUUGAUGUACACCGUCAUUCCUGUGGACCGGCGAGUCGUCUUCGGGAGCGCCUGUGGAGUGCUCUGGGGCAUUUAUCUUAGUUUGUACGCGGUGGUUUAG